AUGACCAAGCUUACAACACACUUACUUCCACCAGAGCAAUAUGGGGGAAGACAAGGUUAUUGUGCUACUGAUGCUGUUUUGGAACUUGUCCAAAGAAUUGAAACUAGUAAAGAAAAAAUUUCAGCUAUGCUCAUUGAUAUUCAAGGAGCUUUUGAUAAUGUUAACAGAAAUAUAUUGGCAUACACAAUGGAGGAUAUGAAACUACCCAAAGCACUUAUAAACUGGACGUACCAAUUUGUAAGUGAAAGAGAAGCUAGUAUGCUCAUGGACCGAAGAAAAGGAUCAGUGCAAAAAAUUAGUACUGGAAUUCCGCAAGGCUCACCUAUUUCACCACUACUUUUUUUGAUAUAUUCCACACCAAUGUAUCAUGCCAUUAAAGAAUGGGGUGGAACUCCUUUUGGCUUUAUUGAUGAUGUGACUAUUACCGUUGAAGAUGAGAAAGUGCAACUUACUUUACCUAAUGGAGAACUUCGUGAACCCCAGAAGGAAGUUAAAUUGCUUGGAAUUACUUUGAACAAUCUGCUUGAUUUUAAAUCUCAUAUUUUGAAUAAAAUCAAUAAAGCAAGAAAAGCUGUUGGUGCUAUUUGGCAUCUUGGUGGCGUGCAAAAGAAUAUGGCUUUAAGAAGAAUUGUUGGUGCUUAUCGCACAACUCCUAUUGCGGUACUACAAAAGGAAGCUGGUAUUAUGCCAUAUAGUAUUAGGCUAAAAUUUAUGGUGGCACGAAAAGCUAUUCGUUUACACCUAAAUAUUAGCAAAACUAAUCCUAUUAAUGGUCAUUUGUUAACAUUGAUUGAGAAAUCUCCAAUUGCAAAGCUAACCACGCUUUACAUGUUGGCGAAAGAUGAUAGAGACUAUAUGAUUAAAAAGGAUGAAAAACGAAAAUGCAAGAGGGUUGAACCUCUUACACUGAAACAACAACAAAAUCAGACGAUUGGAAUUUUGAAGAAACAAGCAAUGGAAGAAUGGCAAGAAAUGUAUUGGAACAGCAGUAAGGAUCUGUGGUAUCAUAAUAUCACAGUGGAGUCGAAAUGUACUGAUAAUCUUUCCAAAAUGGUUACGGGAGUGAUCAUGAAGAAAGAUAGUCGAAGGAUCUUGAGUAAUAUUACUCAGUUUCGCACAGGCCAUGGCAACUUUGGCGCAUGGUUUAAAAGUUUGGAAUUGAAAAGGAUAGUUACAACUGCAAAUGUGGAGAGCUGGAAACAGUUCAUCACAUUUUAG